GCUUGGCCCGCAGCAGAUACCCAGAAAUGUUUGGAACGAAGAACGACUGUCACCCCCCUUUGCAGACCGGAAGACUGGGGUCCCAAACAUUGAGGACCUCGUCCAAGGCCACAUAUCUGAAGCUGGAAGAAAAUGGGCAAACGGGAAAGCGGGACGACCGCAAGGCGGACAACGAGCGUACGUGGGAGCGGGGCCUGUCCAGGAACGCGCUCUGGGCGGAUCCCCCGGGAGGCGGUGACCCGGACCGGCUCAGCCACCACCUGCCGGGCAGCUUCCGCCCCAGCGGGCCACGCGGUUGCCAGGGAAACAGCAGGAGCGCCACGCAGGCGCAAAGCAUGCAGGGGCGGAAAGCGCGCUGGCGGCCGAGCGGACCCGCACUGCGCAGGCGUAGCGUCUCCGUUGCUAGGUUCCGCCUCGCAUCUGGCUCGCGGCCAUAGUAAGGUUCUGGAGCCUCGCGGUGGAGAGGAGAACGCUGGAAUCCCCUUCUCUGGGGCUGUUCGCACCCCCUGGCUAUUGCUUUUCCCUUUUCUAAGUGAGAGGAUAUCCCCAAUCCCAGUCCCUCUCCAGAAGGACCUUCCGCCAGCGCCUCUGGUGGUCUCCUGAUUUCUGCAGCCAGCCUUCAGAGGGCGACAGAAGAGCUUCCAGGCGGGCGAGGAAAAGAGGGAAAGUAGCCAGCAUGUCGAACGCAAUGUAUAAUAAGAUGUGGCAUCAGACCCAGGAAGACCUCAGUUCUUUGCUUGUCAAAGAAGCCGAGAAGAGGACAGAGCCGCUUGGAACCCAAGCUUUCAUCUUCCAGCUGUUGGCCACCUUCUACGUCAACUACGUGCAGAUCUUCAGGGACCUGGAGGAUGUCUAUGACCAGAUGGUCCAUCCACAGAAACGAAUCCUGAUCCGAAAAAUCCUGGAUGGAGUGAUGGGUCGCAUCCUGGAGCUGAAGCACGAGAUGGUCGAGUUGGAGUUGACUGAGUUUCAUUAUUUUGAUGACAUCUUACAGGAUCUCAAAUUGGCUCCUCAGCAAUUAGAUAUUCCCAUACCCAAGUAUUUUUUGAAGGAGAAGUUGGAAGUCAUAAAAGGAAGAGAAAAAAUCCUCUCUCAAAUAUUAGCCGACACUGGAUUCAGCUUAUCCGACAAGAAAUACCCUGCAAAGCCUAUGCCCCUGGAAGAGGCAGUUAAAGUGAUCCAGGUUGCUGAGAGGGCACGGCAAGGGCGCCUCCGAGCCAUGUUCAUGAAGCAAAUCUAUCUUCAAGACUGCAGAGCCAAGCAGUCCAGGUUGUCUGGCGAGAAGUUUGCAGACAUGGGGGCUGCCGCGCUGCGUAUCCAGAAGGUGUGGCGAGGCUUCCGUCAGUGCAAGAGAACCGAGAGAGAGAGAGAAGAGGAGAUGAUAUUCCUGGGCAUGAAUCCACCUCCUUCCUUUCACGAAGUCAGCGAUGCAGUGCUCCAGGCUGACAGGGUGGCCCACCUGAGGAACGAAGUGCAGAUGAGGCACGAAGAGGAGUACAGGGACGCCUUGGUUACCAUCCAGGACAACCUGAGGCUGAUGGAAGGUCCUGACAUCAAGGAGAACCUUCAGGAUCAGAUCCGGCAUUGGUUCAUCGAGUGCAGGAACUUAACAGGCUCGUUUCCCGACUACCCUAAAGAAGAAGAAGGAGGUUCAGCUAUUGUUUUUUCCAACAAGACCCCACAACAGGUUAUUGAGGAUAUUCUUGAAAGCCAAGAGGAGGAGGAAAAAAGCAAAAAGAAAAAGAAGAAAGAGGAAAGUAAACCUGAAAAAGAAAAGGAAAAGAAAGAAAUGAAGGAAAAAAAUAAGGAAGAAGAGGAGGAGUGGAAAAUGUCACCGAGUGUGUUCCUUCCUACGAUGGAGGAAGGAAACAACACCUACAAAGACCUGUGGAAGAACAGAGAUGAAUCCUGGAAUUUCCCCCAGGACUACGAUCCUGAAAUGAUCAAGGAGGUGAAACGGAAGGAGGUGGAGUCAGAGAUCAGGGUGCAGGUUGAUGAGUUGAUGAGACAAGAACUGAAAAACUUAAAACUAGCUGUGAACAGAGAAAAGGAAUCAGCAGCCAAACCAAGAAAGAAGAAUAAAGGUAAAAAGAAAGAUAAAGGGAAGAAAGGCAAGAAAGGCAAAAGGGGGAAGAAGGAUAAAGACCCAACGGCUGACAGGACCACUGAGUCGCUGUAUAAGGAGCUGGUGGAAGAAGGCUUGCUGAUCCAGCCUCUGAAAGUCAACCUCUCUGACUACAUUGGUGAGUACAGCUACCUGGGCACCACUCUUCGCCAGGUUUCCAUAGAGCCCAUGCCUUCCCUCCUGGACGUCCGACAGCUCGUCACCCUGUAUGGGAUCCUGCCACUAGGUUCUGCCGCGGUGCAUGAGAAAGCUCCUCUGGUGAAAUCCCUGUUGCUGGCCGGGCCGUCUGGGGUGGGGAAGAAGAUGCUCGUGCAUGCCAUCUGCACGGAAACAGGAGCCAACCUCUUCGACUUGUCCGCAGCGAACACUGCUGGGAAGUACCCGGGCAAGCGUGGCCUCCAGAUGAUGCUGCACCUGGUCUUCAAGGUGGCCCGCCAGCUCCAGCCCUCCGUGGUGUGGAUCGGAGACACAGAGAAAAUCUUCUACAAAAAAGUCCCCCAGGCGGAGAAGGCGAUGGAGCCUAAACGCCUAAAAAAACAACUUCCCAAAAUCCUGAAACUCCUGAAACCAGAGGACAGGAUUCUGAUCGUGGGGACAACACACAGACCUUUCGACGCUGAGCUUCAGUCUUUUUGCAGAGUUUACCAAAAAAUUAUUUUGGUUCCCAGACCAGACUAUGCUUCCAGAUACGUUUUGUGGAAACAGAUCCUUCAGCGAAACGGCGGAGUCAUCACUGAAGCCCUGAAUGUCAGCUGCCUGGCAAAGAUAUCAGACGGCUUCACCCAGGGCGACAUCGUCCACGUGGUCAAGCAGGUGCUCACGGAGCGGAGGGUCCGGCAGCAGCCCUACAAGCCGCUCAUGGCCGUGGAGUUCAUCGAGGCGCUCACCAGCCUGAGUCCCGUCUACCAGGAGGAAGAAGACAGCUUUAAGAACUGGUACGCCAAGACCCCUAUGGGCAAAAAGCGAGCCUUGGUGUUAACAGGGGGUAACCCAGAAAAUGAAAAGGACAAAGGGAAAAAGAAGGAAAAUAAAGGAAAAAAGGAGAAAAUGAAAAAGUAAUGGCUUUCCAAGGAGCCAUCCUUGAGUCUCUGAGGGAUGGAAGUGGCCUGACUCUCCAGGAAUGAGAUUCCCCACUGCCUUCUGCCCAUCCGAAGACCCUGGCUGAUGCCACCAAGGCCAGCAGCCCCGCCCUUGCUCGGUUAGAUCUUCACAGGCCGUCCACCAAGUCCAAGUGCACAACAGUUGUCUCUAGACUCAUAAUGGUUUCUUAAUCCAAGUGGGGUUUGCUUAUAACUGAAAUUCCCUCUUCACACACCCCACAAUCCUUCCGGCUUGGACACUUCAUCUCAUCAGGACUAGUUGCCAAAUUUAAAAUUUGACAGUGAGAAAAUACUCUAUUUCGACAACUAGUAAGUUCAGCCUAUCAUUGGCACUACUGGCUUUUUACUAAUCCAUAUAUACUGUAUAUUAUCUUGCAUAUACUUUAAUAAAUUAAU